GUUACCCAUAGUGUUAAGCGCAAUAUUAAAAAUCUCCGAUGGACUAUUCCGCGGUUGUCUGAAUUCGUAAAAAUCCCCGAUAAAUUCCAAACCCCCGAUUUCCCCCUCCAAAAAUCGAUCAAUCUCCCAAAAAUCCAUGGCGAAUUAAUCAAUAAAUAAAUAUCUAUCAUAAAACAGCCACAAACCACAUCUUCAACAUCUUCAACAUCUUCAACAGCUACAACCCCCUCGAAAUAAAACGAAAAAUAAAGAAAAACCAAAAGAUUGCGAAAAAAGGAAAACGAUCUGAAAAAAAAAAUCACCGGGAUAAGGGAAAAAUAAUCAGUCAUGUCCCCCCCGAGUUCAUCAGCCCGGGAAUUGGGAGAUGAUUUUAGCCGGGAGAUUGUCAAGUAGAGGAAUAAAUAAUAAAAUAAAUGUGAUGAAGCGAAAAGUGAUGGAAAUGAGGAAAAGUCUGGAUCGUGUGUUGAUGGAAUAGAUUUGAAUAUCGAAAGAUUGCGACUCGCUUAUCGAUUUGAUGAUGAAAAUAAUGCCCUGAAGAGCGAUGAGUUGCACAGAAACGAGGGACCACCGUUCACAAGAUUGGAGGAUGAUUGAGAUGAAAAAAGGCGUAAUUACACCAGUGACAUUGGACAGACAGUCAUCGCGUUGUCAUUACACUAUUCUUGUUGUCCUGGAUGCAAUAUUUUCGGCUCUUGUAGCAGCACCAGCUGUUGUUGGAUACUGGAGGGGUACCUGGGGACUCAGUGAUAUCUACAUGUUUCCAGAUGAUCCGGUAUUGAGCAAUUUGACGUCCAUAGCCGUUGGUUACGGUGGAUUAUUAUUUUUCAAUGUUGUGCAAAGACAAUUCAACGAUAUUUUACAUCCGGAUAAGCACAGAUUGUUUUAUUAUGUCGGAUCGAGAAUUUACACUGCCGUUUUUGGAUUUUGCUGUGUCAAUGCUUGGCGAGGGGGGUGGCAAGCACUUGAUCUUUAUACGGAACAGGAAACAGCUACUGUUAUUGUUACGACGUUUGUUGCACUUGUUGCUUUGAUUUUUAUGAAAGCCGUCAGGAAUAUAUCGGCACCACCUUUUUCUUUGAGUUUAGAUUCACAUCCUGGGUAUUUCGAGGUGCCAACUAUGUUUCGGGUUGAUAACUCUCGGGAUUGUACGUUGUACGUAUUAGACUGUGUAUUCAGUGUGGGAGUGGUUGGUACAUUAGUUGUAUUCGUGUGGAGAGGUAUUUGGGUACUUCUGGAUCAUCAUCUUUUCCCGGAGAAUCGAGAGUACUCGGCUAUUGGGUCAAUGGUAAUCGGGUACAUCCUGGUGGCAAUCACCUUCUGCCUGCAACCGGUGAUGCGUUACGUGUGCAGUCGAUUGGAGGGUCUUCCCCGGCUGUUGGCAGCGGAUGCAUUUCUUUUCCUCAGCUUCCUGGGUACAGUGAACGUGUGGAGAGGGAUCUGGGGACUCCUGGAGGUCUGGCUGUUCCCUGAGAACGUCGCGCUCUCCUGCUGGAUCACCCACAUCGGAUGCUUCCUGUUCCUGGGCCUCCUAAACUGCAGCAACUCCAUCCUCGUCAGAGGAGUCUACAUCGACGCCGAAGAAGAGGAGGGAAAGUGCGUCGUGUUCCCCUGCCACUACCUGAGGCUCUUCUUCAAGAUUGAACGUGAGAAAAAAGAAGCGAGACGUCAAGGUCACUUGGGUAUGUCUCGAGAUUAUUCUCCGAGUGAAAAUGCUGGUAAAGAUGCUGAAAAUGGUGAUCUUCUUAAUUGUACCUCAUUGCCAACAAUAAUUCCAGCAAAUCCAGAGUCUCUGGUGUUGAAAUAAUGAAAAAAAGAAGUUUAAAAUAUUCGCUGGGAAGUUCUCGUAAAUUCUACAGAACUUUCUCGUUUAUAUCAGGAGAGUUUCAUGUUUUUCUACUAAAAGAGAUAUCUGGAGGGAGAACGAGAAGCCUUAGAGAAUUUCUCUGAAAUAUUUCAGCGGAUGCAAAAGGUAGAAUUCAGUACCAAAGAGAAGUUGGAUAACCGAGCGCGUCAGUUAUUAGAGAAUACCUCUGAAUCUAAGCGAGGUACCGAAAAUUUUAUAAAGAUAUCUUUUGUAGAUCGUUUUUCACUCUCCAAAAAAGAUACUGAUGAAAAUUCUGGUAGUUUCAUUAGAUUUUGAGAUAUUCCUCAAGAACUGGACUGGGGAACGAGACUAUUUAUUCCUCUGUCCAGAGAGUAACCAGUCGAUUUAGCAAGAAACUUUUCGAGUAAUAUCUCUGAAUCUAAACGAGAUACAAAAAAUUUUAAAAGGACCUUUUUUCUUGCCCUAAUUGUCCCACAUAAAAAAGGUCCUAAGAAAAAUUUCGCUAUCUACCUCAGUUUCAGAAUUAUUCCCCGCGAACUUAUUACCACUUUUUUUCGGUGCUGAAUUAUUCCACACGCGUUACGACGAAAAUCACCGGAAAUGUUAAAUCCCAGGGGAUAAAAAAUCAUACUCAGUGAGUUUAUCUAACUAAAAUGAACUACUGGCCUCUCGAGACAAUAAAUAAUAUCCCCGUUGUAAAAUAUAUUUAUUUUGACUAGUUACAGAAGCAAUAAACUUUAUGUAAAUAUUUUUCAA